AUGGAGGAACGAAUUUAUAAGCGUCAAGUGACAAAGGAGUCCACCUCGAUGAGAGUGGUAGAUGAAGCUCAAAUUCAACGUCACUACGACGGUCACGAUCUUGAAGAGCUUUAUAUGUUCGAUGCCAAAGAAUUGGAUCCGAAUGACGCUGACAGUCGGCCAACUUUUGCUCCACCGAAAGAUCGCCUUUUGGCUGAGAUUUUGCUGUCGAAGAAAGAUGCUGUUGUUGAUUACUUCCAACACGAUACGCUUUUUGCCCAUGUUGAAGAGGAGAAGCUUUCGGAAGAAGAUUUGAGAGAGGCAUGGAACGACUAUGAGCGUGAUAAGAACAUGAGCACGUUUGGUCGAUCAGCUACAGCUGCAAUGAUCGGAGUUCCUGGAGGUGGUCUGGCAGCUAAUCAACUGGGAUUACUACAACAAGCACGGGAACAAAUGGCUCGAACUCAGGCUGUUCAAUCAUUAAAUCGUGAUGUGGUAUACAUGAAUUGCUUCCAAAUUCCUUUGAUGGACAAUGAUACGGCUAUGAAGGUUACAUAUCUGAAAAAAGCACUUGAGGAUCUGUUGCCGCAGAUUCCACACGAAAUGCGAGGUGGUAUAUCCGAGUUCAAUUCGUAUUUUAUCAACUUUAUAACUCAAGCGGUGGAGGGUCAUCACAAUCCUGCGUGGAUGCUGAAUAGAGCGGUAUCGACGUUUCGAACAGUGGUCAAACUGGUGAAAGACCAGCCGAGCUGCAAACAGACUCUGCGCCAUUUGUACUCGGUGACAAGUCAGUUCUUUGAUCCGAUGGAAGCGCCACCGUAA